GGCAUUCAAGGUUUUGGCGGUGGAUACGUUUCAAAUUUUACCAUACAGUACAAGAGAAGAGAAGCAGAAAAACACUGGCGAAAUUUUGUGAAGAGACUACCAUUUAACACCAGUCACAUUGUGACAUUCGAGGGUAACAGCGAUAACAUUUCCAUCGUACACAAAAGAUUUAAAGGAUCUCGCAUUCUUCGGUAUCUCCGAUUUGUUGUCCUUGGAGGCGUGGGCGAAAGGUGGUGCACAAGGCUAGAAUUAUAUGGAUGCGAUUGGGAAAACAAAGACGGUCUGGUUUCCUAUCAAUCAGCUCAAGGCAACAUUCGUGGUUUCAACGAUACAGCGGUGACAAUGAACGAUGUAACAUACGACGGUACUGUGGAGCAUUAUGGGCGACGAUUUGGAGUUCUACAGGGGGGAUUAGGGCAACUUACAGACGGUGAUGUUGGCGGCGACGCCUUCUGGCUGGAUAAUGGCAACGGCAAGAGCUUCGAAUGGGUUGGUUGGUACGAUCUCGUCAACUUGAAGCCGUCCAUAUUGUUCGAAUUUGAGCAUCCACGACGAUUCCAUAAGAUCUUAUUUCAUGGCAACAAUAGACCAGGCAACGUGAGGGUUUUUAAAAACUUGCUCGUGGCCUUCAGCAUGGAUGGUUCGUACUUCUCAAGGAAAUUUGUAUUCUAUCCAAGUAAUGGUAUAAAAAUGAAAAGAAAUCAGAGUAUGUGGAUUGAAGUAGAUUUACACGGACAUAUUGGAAAGUAUUUAAACUGCGAGUUCUCUUACGAGGGAAAAUGGAUCGUGCUAAGUGAGAUUAGGUUCGCGACUGAGGAAUACAAAGGUGAAAGCAAUACCAAUAAAGAGACACCCACGAAAGGAAGAGAAAAUACUCCGUCUGUAAGAAAAACGGAACGUGAACUGAAGGAAACGAACAAAUUCUUGAGUCUGCAGGGUAUUAUUGCAAUGGCUGCGGUGGGCGCAGCACUGUUACUACUCACCGUGCUAUUCAUAAUAUGGCUGACGAGAGUGCACCAAGAAGGCGAAGACGGUGAAUAUCCGAUAAGGAAUGUUAACCGCAUCGUGAACUCGUUGAAGAGAGGAACAUUGCAGGGGAAAGAGGGCAAGAAACCGAGGCAUUACAGUUCAUCAAGCGAGUCCGAUGAGGAUGUUGAGAAUUUGAUGGUGAGGAAAAUGAAUAACGACGUACCCAGAGACCAGCCUUGGUUUAAAUCUCUGGAUAAGCACAAAAUGAACAACAUGGUCAUGAUGAACAACACGAAAUCUUGGGAUGAUAAAAAGUUAGGGGACGAUGUUCCAGAAAAGGCCUUGGAUCUCGUGCAACUGGAUGUGUAAAUAUUCUUAUUUAGAGUUAACUAACAUGCGACUUAUAGAUACAACUUAUAUAAUUACCUACAAGUCUUUUAAAAUAUAAAUAGAGAUAAAUAUGUACAUGCAGAAACUCGUUCCAUUGUUGCCUUUAAAUUAAACGCAAUUAUUCCCUGCAUGAUUUAUUUUAGACGAUAAUUAGCUAUAAGGCCUGCCAUCAAUAUGAUUAUCAUAUUUCUAAAUAACUCUAACAAGAUCUAAAGCUCUCCGUCAAAUUAUACAUAUAACCUUGCAUGUUAUAUUUGAAGAAACCAUGCGUGAAUAUCAGUAUCACUAUCGCAUGGUAUAGAAUAUAAAUAUAUACUAAUACUAACCUUUGUAAUUUCAUGGCGGAAGGUUUUUCAUGGCUUAAUUAUUUCUAGAUUUAAUAUGUUAAUUAAGAGGACUUAAUUUCGUGUAAAUCAUUAAAUUGUAGAUAAAUUGAGAAACGAACAGCCAAUUAACUCUACCGAUUGCAAAAAGGUCUACGUAUAUUCAACAUUCAUAUUCAGACUAAUUUAUAAGCCAAUAUUUUGGGUUAUGUAAUUCUGCAUGGCUGUUUGUUUUAAAACGUGAGAAAAAUAAUUUACUUUUACACAAUAAACAUGCUGUUAAGAAACAUCACUGUUGGGGAAGCUAAACCACAGAUAAAAAGCGAAACAAGGUUUAAAAAGAUCGAA